AAGAAUCUUCGCUUGUUCUCAACCCACCUCCACCAACUCGAAAAUCAUUUAGCAUUCCUACUAAAACGACAAUUACAACACCACCAUCAGCAACACCAACACCAGCAUCAGCAACACCACCACCACCAGCAUCAGCAACACCACCACCACCAACACAAAGCAGCAGCACCACCGCCACCACCACCAACACAAGCAGCAGUAGCACCGCCACCACCACCAACACAAGCAGCAGUAGCACCACCGCCACCACCAGCAACACCAGCACCAGCAGCACCCUCACCAGCAGCACCACCACCACCACCACCACUAACACCAGCAGCACCGGCACCAGCACCGGCACCACCACCAGCAGCACCCUCACCAGCACCACCAGCACCACCGCCACCACCACUAACACCAGCAGCACCGGCACCACCGCCGCCACCAGCACCACCGCUGUCAUCAAGCGAUGUUUUUCGUGAUGAAAUAGAUGAUGAAUUGACGACGUCUGUAGAUGAAACACAAUCCCAAGUAACAAAUACUGCUUCUAAUGGCUUCCCAACACCACAAGCAAUUGUCAAUGAUUCAAAUCCGCCACAAUCUUCAUCUCAAAGUCCAGAUAGUCCUUCAAAUGACGAUUUUCCUUUACCUCCUCCACCUUCCUCCAUGUUUUCUGAUGAAGAAGUCCUUAUUGAUGAGAGAAGAAGUGAACCUGAGAUAAACAAUUCUCCAUCACCUGUUCCCACCGAAGCAUCUCGACCCCCACCACCACCUCCACCUCCGUCAAUCGCAAUCGCUUCCACGCAAUUCUAAAUUCGCAAAAUCUCGAUGAAAUAAACAUACCUUGAUGUGAUUUUAUGAUAAUAUAUUUUCAUGUUUUAUUUGAAUGAUCUUCUAGUAUGGCGAUGCUGUCAUAUUUUUCUGGAUCGAAGACAAAUUCAACGAGAAAACGUAAAGUAUAAAGUUUAUGAAUGGGAUCAUAGUUAAGUAACUUGAUUGUAAAAAGAUAAGACCAUAAACUACUGAUUUAAUUCUUUACUAUUUACUAUAAGUAUAAAUACAUUCUCUAUGUACGCAUUUAA